GAGAGGAGGGCGGUGUGGAGCAAGAACGCGAAGGAGCCUGGGGGAGCCUAAGCCAAGAGGGACGUGGCGCUCUACGACGCGGACCGGGAAGCCGCGCCCCUUCCUUCUCUGGCUUUCAUGGAGAGGCCUGCGAAGCAGGAUUUGGGCGGGAUCCCACAGAACAUCAGCUGGCCAAGCUCUUCAUUGUGUUCAGAAGAAGGUAGAGGGAGGCAGGCAUGAGUAUUUACUGAAGAGAAAGUCUUGCUAUUUUGGAAGCUACAAGAAAAAAAUAGAUUAGGGGAGGUUUGGUCAUGGCUCAGAUAUCCAACAAUAAUGGAUUUAAGCAAUGUUCAUCACAUCUGGAACCAACAAGAACAAAAGAAGUGGACAAAGAAGAAGCAUUACAGAUGGAAGCAGAGGCUUUAGCAAAACUGCAAAAGGAUAGAGGAGUGACUGAUAAUCAGAGAGCCUUUGAGUUACCAAGCAACACCAGACAAAAAGCACAAGUUUAUAACAAACAGGAUUAUGAUCUCAUGGUGUUUCCUGAAUCUGACACCCAAAAAAGAGCAGUAGAUAUUGAUGUAGAAAAGCUCACGCAAGCUGAACUUGAGAAACUAUUGCUUGAUGACAAUUUCGAAACUAGGAAAACACCUGUCUUGCCAGUUACUCCUGUUCUGAGCCCUUCGUUUUCAGCACAGGUCUAUCUUAGACCUACUAUUCAGAGAGGACAGUGGCCACCUAGGUUAUCAGGGCCUUCCACAUAUACUUUACCUUCUAUUUAUCAGUCAACUUACAGCAGUAAACAGACUGUAUUCCAAAAUGGCUUCAGUCCAAGAAUGCCUGCUUUUCCAUCCACAGAACCUAUAUAUUUAAGCUUUCCAGGACAGUCUCCAUAUUUUUCAUAUCCUUUGACACCUGCCACACCCUUUCAUCCACAAGGAAGCUUACCUAUCUAUCAUCCAGUAGUCAGUCCUGACAUGGCAAAGCUGUUUGACAAAAUAGCUAGUACAUCAGAAUUUUUAAAAAAUGGAAAAGCGAGGACUGACUUGGAGAUCAAACAUUCAAAAGCUACAGUCAACAAUUUACAGGUAUCUCCAAAGUCUGAAGAUAUAAGUAAAUUCGACUGGUUAGACUUGGAUCCUCUAAGUAAACCUAAGGUGGACAAUGUGGAGGUGGUAGACCACGAGGAAGAGAAAAAUAUUCCAGGUUUACUAGCAGAGGAUCCUUGGGAUGCUGUUCUUCUUGAAGAGAGAUCACCAGCAAGUUGUCACCUUGAAAGAAAGGUGAAUGGAAAAUCUCUUUCUGGGGCAACGGUAACAAGAAGCCUGUCUUUAAAUAUUCGAACAACUCAGUUUACAAAAGUCCAGGGCCAAAUAUCUCAGAAAGACCCAAGUGGGACCACUAGUUUGUCAACCGGAAGUUCUCUUCUACAAGAAAUUGAAGUACAGAAUGAAGAAGUAGCUGCUUUUUGUCAAUCCAUUACAAAAUUGAAGACCAACUUUCCAUAUACCAAUCACUGCACAAAUCCAGGCUAUUUGUUAAGUCCAGUUACAGUACAAAGAAACAUAUGUGGAGAAAAUGCUAGCGUGAAGGUCUCCAUUGAAAUUGAAGGAUUUCAACUACCAGUUACUUUUACAUGUGAUGUGAGUUCUACUGUAGAAAUCAUUAUAAUGCAAGCCCUUUGCUGGGUACAUGAUGACUUGAAUCAAGUAGAUAUUAGCAGCUACGUUCUGAAAGUUUGUGGUCAAGAGGAAGUGCUACAAAAUAAUCAUUGCCUUGGAAGUCAUGAACAUAUUCAGAACUGCCGGAAAUGGGACACAGAGAUUAAACUACAACUUUUGACCUUCAGUGCAAUGUGCCAAAAUCUGGCCCGAACAGCAGAAGAUGAUAAAACACCGGUGGAUUUAAACAAACAUCUGCAUCAAAUAGAAAAACCUUAUAAGGAGAUCAUGACAAGAUACCCUGUUGACGAACUUUUAGAUUCUUACCACCACCAAGUGGACCUGGCUCUGCAAACUGAAAACCAGCACCGAGCAGUAGAUCAAGUAAUUAAAGCUGUAAGAAAAAUCUGUAGUGCUUUAGAUGGUGUAGAGACUCUUGCCAUUACAGAAUCAGUAAAGAAGCUAAAGAGAGCAGUCAAUCUUCCAAGGAGUAAAAGUGCUGAUGUGACUUCACUGUCUGGAGAAGGAGACCCUACUAAGAGUUCAUCUAGGGGAUCACUGAAUCCUGAAAAUCCUGUUCAAGUAAGCAUGGACCAGUUAACUGCAGCAAUUUAUGAUCUUCUCAGACUCCAUGCAAAUUCUGGUAGGAGUCCUGCAGACUGUGCCCAAAGUAAUAGGAACGUUAAGGAAGCAUGGACAACAACAGAACAGCUCCAGUUUACAAUUUUUGCUGCUCAUGGGAUUUCAAGUAAUUGGGUAUCAAAUUAUGAAAAAUACUACUUGAUAUGUUCCCUAUCUCACAAUGGAAAGGAUCUUUUUAAACCUAUUCAAUCAAAGAAGGUUGGCACGUAUAAGAAUUUCUUCUAUCUUAUUAAAUGGGAUGAACUAAUCAUUUUUCCCAUCCAGAUAUCACAAUUGCCAUUAGAAUCACUUCUUCACCUUACUCUUUUUGGAAUUUUAAAUCAGAGCAGUGGAAGUUCCCCUGAUUCUAAUAAACAGAGAAAGGGGCCAGAAGCUUUGGGCAAAGUUUCUUUACCUCUUUUUGACUUUAAACGGUUUUUAACAUGUGGAACUAAGCUUCUAUAUCUUUGGACUUCGUCACAUACAAAUCCUAUUCCUGGAACAAUACCCAAAAAAGGGUAUGUGAUGGAAAGAAUAGUGUUACAGGUUGAUUUUCCUUCUCCUACAUUUGAUGUCAUUUAUACUACUCCUCAAGUUGACAGAAGCCUUAUACAGCAACACAACUUAGAAACAUUGGAGAAUGAUACAAAAGGGAAACUUUCUGAUAUUCUUCAUAGAGACUCAUCACUUGGACUUUCUAAAGAAGAUAAAGCCUUUUUGUGGGAGAAACGUUAUUAUUGCCUCAAACACCCAAAUUGUCUUCCUAAAGUACUAGCAAGUGCCCCAAACUGGAAAUGGGUUAAUCUUGCCAAAACUUACUCACUGCUUCAGCAGUGGCCUCCAUUGAACCCACUGACUGCAUUGGAACUACUUGAUUCAAAAUUUGCUGAUCAGGAAGUGAGGUCCAUAGCUGUGACCUGGAUUGAGGCCAUAAGUGAUGAUGAGCUUACUGAUCUUCUCCCACAGUUUGUGCAGGCUUUGAAAUACGAAAUUUACUUGAACAGUUCAUUAGUGCGCUUCCUUCUGUCCAGGGCAUUGGGAAAUAUACAGAUAGCACACAAUUUAUAUUGGCUCCUCAAGGAUGCCCUGCAUGAUGCACAGUUUGGUGCCCGAUAUGAACAUGUUUUGGGUGCUCUCCUCUCAAUAGGAGGAAAAGGACUCAGAGAAGAACUUUUGAAGCAGACAAAACUUGUACAGCUUUUAGGAGGAGUAGCAGAAAAAGUAAGGCAGGCUAGUGGAUCAGCCAGACAGGUUGUCCUCCAAAGGAGUAUGGAACGAGUACAGUCCUUUUUCCUAAGAAAUAAAUGCCGUCUUCCUCUCAAACCAAGUCUUGUUGCAAAAGAAUUAAAUAUUAAGUCCUGUUCCUUCUUCAGUUCUAAUGCUGUGCCCCUAAAAGUGACAAUGGUGAAUGCUGAUCCAAUGGGGGAAGAAAUUAAUGUCAUGUUUAAGGUUGGUGAAGAUCUUCGGCAAGAUAUGUUAGCUUUACAAAUGAUAAAGAUUAUGGACAAGAUCUGGCUUAAAGAAGGACUAGAUCUGAGGAUGGUAAUUUUCAAAUGCCUCUCAACUGGCAGAGAUCGAGGUAUGGUGGAGCUAGUUCCUGCUUCAGAUACCCUCAGGAAAAUCCAAGUGGAAUAUGGUGUGACUGGAUCCUUUAAAGAUAAACCACUUGCAGAGUGGCUGAGGAAAUACAAUCCUUCUGAAGAGGAAUAUGAAAAGGCUUCUGAAAAUUUUAUCUAUUCUUGUGCUGGAUGCUGUGUAGCUACCUAUGUUUUAGGCAUCUGUGAUCGACACAAUGACAACAUAAUGCUUCGAAGCACAGGACAUAUGUUUCACAUUGACUUUGGAAAGUUUUUGGGCCAUGCACAGAUGUUUGGUAGCUUCAAAAGGGAUCGGGCUCCUUUUGUGCUGACUUCUGAUAUGGCAUAUGUCAUCAAUGGGGGUGAAAAGCCCACCAUUCGUUUCCAGUUGUUUGUGGACCUCUGCUGCCAGGCCUACAACUUAAUAAGAAAGCAAACAAACCUCUUUCUUAAUCUCCUUUCUCUGAUGAUUCCUUCAGGGUUACCUGAACUUACAAGUAUUCAAGACUUGAAAUAUGUUAGAGAUGCACUUCAACCCCAAACUACAGAUGCAGAAGCUACAAUUUUCUUCACUAGGCUUAUUGAAUCAAGUUUGGGAAGCAUUGCCACAAAGUUUAACUUCUUCAUUCACAAUCUUGCUCAGUUGCGUUUUUCUGGUCUUCCUUCCAAUGAUGAGCCCAUCCUUUCAUUUUCACCCAAAACAUACUCAUUUAGACAAGAUGGUCGAAUCAAGGAAGUCUCUGUUUUCACUUACCAUAAGAAAUACAACCCGGAUAAACAUUAUAUUUAUGUAGUCCGAAUUUUGAGGGAAGGACAGCUUGAGCCAUCAUUUGUGUUCCGGACCUUUGAUGAGUUUCAGGAGCUUCACAAUAAGCUCAGUAUUAUUUUUCCACUUUGGAAGUUACCAGGUUUUCCUAAUAGGAUGGUUCUGGGAAGAACACACAUAAAAGAUGUAGCAGCCAAAAGGAAAAUUGAGUUAAAUAGUUAUUUACAGAGUUUGAUGAGUGCUUCAACGGAUGUGGCCGAGUGUGAUCUUGUUUGUACUUUUUUCCACCCUUUACUUCGUGAUGAAAAAGCUGAAGGAAUAGCUAGGACUGCAGAUGCAGGUCCUUUCAGUCCUACUCCAGGCCAAAUUGGAGGAGCAGUGAAAUUAUCUGUCUCUUACCGAAAUGGUACUCUUUUCAUCAUGGUGAUGCACAUCAAAGAUCUUGUUACUGAAGAUGGAACUGACCCAAAUCCAUAUGUCAAAACAUACCUACUUCCAGAUACCCACAAAACAUCCAAACGGAAAACCAAAAUUUCACGAAAAACUAGGAAUCCAACAUUCAAUGAGAUGCUUGUGUACAGUGGAUAUAGCAAGGAAACCCUAAGACAGAGAGAACUUCAACUCAGUGUUCUCAGUGCAGAAUCUCUGCGGGAGAAUUUUUUCUUGGGUGGAAUAACCCUGCCUUUAAAAGAUUUCAACUUGAGCAAAGAGACCAUUAAGUGGUAUCAGCUGACUGCGGCAACCUAUUUGUAAGCUAAUGAAUUUCUGAGUUUUGGAAGUAAGAACAGUUAUAAACACGUAAACACAUACACACUUAUGAACUUUGUAUAGUAUUUUUAUACUUGGACAGAAAUUAUAAAGUAAAUGUACUUAACUGCAUUUCGAUACAUCUGUUGGACCAACAGUCACAUAAUUAACUUUAAGAACUUGUUGAAGCCAUUGCUGUUUUAAAGUCAUUAUAUAGAAUGCUGUAAACUCUAAACUUAAUAUAUAAGUCCUGACAAAGACUUUGAGUUGGUGAAGGAUUUAAUCCUUUCUUGAGCAAUUCAGAGUAAUAGCUUUAGUUUGGUCUGAUAGUGCUAUGUCAGUUCAGCCAUCUAUUUGUUUCUUACACAGACACAGCAUGUUUGUUUUCCUGUUUUGCACCUUUUAUAGCCUUUACCAUUGUGUGUGUUCGUAAACACCAAAGGAAAGGAAAGGUGCAGGAUGUUACCAGAAAAUGCAGCUGCUAUUCACAGGGCCGAAAAGCAAAGCACAAGUAGAUAGUUAUGUUCAGAACUACUACGUAGUUUAUAGAAGUAGGGGAAAAUAAUACUGCUUUUUAUCACCCAUGUCUUUAAAGCCUUUUUCAGAAUAAGUGCCAAUCACUGAAGUUGUAAAUAAUGGUGCCUUAACUUCAUAUGCUUCCCUGGCACUUCAUUCUGAUUUUUUCCUGACUUGAUAAAUAAUUAGUAAGUCAUUUUCACUCACUUUCAACUUACUAAAGAUAAGAAUUAUGUACAUUUACUAAUGUUUUUCCCACAGAAAGGUAAUUUUUUCUACUUCUCAUGUGACUUAGUUAAACAUUUGAUUUAUGUUUUUGUUGCUCUAUAACUGAAUGAGAUUCACCAAUGUAACUGUAUAAUAAAUUCCAUCAUUCCAUUAUAAUCCUACAUUUAUUCCCAGGAGUGUGAAUUGAACUUUGGUAAUCCAUCUCCAUAUAUCUAUACUCCUCUUAUUCAUUAAGCAAGUGAAAAUUGUUCACUCAUGUUCCCAUUCCUGUUUGGUAGAAGAACCCCAUGAAUAGGGCAGACUCCUCACAAGAGGCCCAGGACAAGAAUUCUAGGGUCCAGACUGAAUUUUAAUGUAGAUUUUUUAUAGCAAAAUUUGUUUUGUAAGCUGUCUUACUUAUUUUUGUAAACACUAUACAUUCACAUGAAUUACUUAAUAUAAUGGGAUUCAGAAUCAUAAGGGACAUGAUUGAAAUUAUUCUACAGUAACCAUUAAGGAUAAGAUUCAUUUUUAUUAUUCACCUGCACACAUAAUUUUGUGUUUAGUUUGAAUAAAUAUGUUUAUAUAUUCUCAUGGCUAGCAUGGGCUUUCUGACAGUUGUUGAAUGGUAAUAGAGAUUGUAGUAAUCUAGUUGCUGUGAGGUAACUGACAAAACAUGUAAUGAAGAAUACCAGCAGAGAAAGGACAGUCUCCACUUCAGUUGCCCGUAACAUAAUUUUUAUGAACUGUGCAAAUGUUUAAUGUAAAUGGUGAAACCUACAGAGCAGAAAUAGAAUGGCUGAGGAUGUAUCUAUCAAUGGGACAGAUUAAAAAAAAAAAACAAAAAACACUUGAAAUUUUUGGUGCCUAACACUAAUGGUCCAUUUGUAGGAAACCCUGUUAGUAUAAUAUAUGAAUGUCUUUUUUUUUUUUUUUAUGUUAAAAUGUGUUGUCUAUUUAAUAACUUAAUUAAAAUGCAGAUCAAAGCACACCUUUUUUUUUUUUUUUUUUUUUGCUUUUUCCACAUCCAGUUAACAUUUCUUUGUAGUGUACAAGUACUUUUGCAGAUAUAAAGAAGUGCUAGAUAUUUUCCCUUUAGCUUUGAGACCUAAUUUCAUUCCAUGAGUUAUCACUUAGCCACUGUAAAAAAAAGAAAGGAAAAGAAAAAAAGUACUGUGUUGGUAGAAGGCCAUUGUUAAUUGGACUCCAUGUAUACUGCCUAUUUGCAAUUUGUUACAGCAGUGUCUUUCAGCACAAAUAAUAGAGCUAGAAAAUGUGAUGUCAUUUUUCCAUUACAACAAAUGUGGAUUUCUUACCUAAAAAUGUAUAUUAUGAUUGAUACUGUUCAGUUAACCAGAGUUCAGAACAAAUGGUAAUGUUUUUUCUUAAUUUAACUCAUUUUGUACCUUCUUUGCUCAUUAAAAAAAAAUGCACACAUAUUUUACGUAUAUUUUAAUGUAAGUUAUUUCUUUGUAAAAAUGCUAAUCUUCAGCCCUUACAAAAAAAAAGGACAGAGACGCCUCUUUGCACUAUUAUCAGUAGAUUUUUAAAUCAGUUUUUUUUAAAAAAACAUUUUAUAAAGCUUGCAUUGAAGUAAAUCUGAAGCAAAAGUUUAAGCAGACUCACCAAGACACUAAUUUUUAUGUAUAAUCACAAUGUUUUAUAUCUAUCUUUACUGAGUAAAAAUAAUUAUGCUACAUGUAAGUCCUGCACCAGAAAAAUUAUUUCCUUUUGCAGUGUUUUGGGAUUUGGAAAUAAUGGUUUACUCCAAGAACCUAUUAUUUUCUCUACUGAGGAACCCAAUGUAGAACUUGCACUGACAUUUUUAUUACUGCCUUUAUAAAAACCUAUAGGUAGCUAACUGUUAAGGCAUGUAUGAUAUUUGAUAAAGUAUUCUUUUUUCAAAUUGAAGUUGUAUAAAAGUUUCAAUAUCUUGCCUUAAGUUGGUUGACUGUUCUUGGAUUCAAGUAUUGUGGCACUUAAAAAAAGAAAAUACUCAAUUUUGAUACUUAGACUUCAGAUCAAAAAGGACUAAAGCCCCCACUUACCAUAAUCCACGGAUUUACUUACAUGCUGUUCGAUUAGCAGUGCAAAUAUGAAUGAAUAUGGCAAGUAAUCUCUUCUAUAAGAACCAAAUACUUUAAUUAUAUUAGGGUAGUGAGUAAAGAUGUAUAAUAUUUUUAUUAAUACCUUGAAUAUAUUCAGUGGAUUGAAUGUGACUUCAUAACCUGUACUAUGAUUGUAUUAAAAUAUUUCUGGAAUAAAGGAA